GGGGAGAGGGGCUGGAUCCGGCGACCCUGCGGACUCUACCAGACGGUACCUAAACCCCCUCCCCCUUCCCCCCUCCCCCCGGAUGGUUCGGGAGCUGCCCGGCGGGUUACUCAGUCGGGUGCCGGUGCCGGCAGUGAGGACCGGCCCUCUGUGCAGUGACCUCGCCGACCUGCAAGACCGCACUUGGCCUCAUUUUCGCUUAUUUUCUGUCUUAUUCAGCAUGGUUCGUUGAGAAUUGACGAUUUUUUUUGCUUAAAUUAUUUAAAAAAAUCAAAACUUUUGUGCAACAUCGCGGCUUUUAUUCGUCGGCUGCCCUUUUUUCCGAAAAGCCUCAGCGUAGCCGGGCCACACCAGCUGCUCCUGCGAUGAAGUCGGCGUGGCAGCGGUUCUGUGCGGCGCUGUUCCUGACGGCUCUAGCGUCUGCCGAGCCCUGUCUGGACGGUCUGGGACGCCUUCAUCCGGAGGGUGACAUGUUCUACAACUUUCCCGAUACCAUACGGCCGUGCCGCGUCUACAAAUGCUCAGCGGGACAGAAGGAGGUUAUACGAGACACCUGUGGGGAGAAAGAAUAUCAUCCAUCUGGCCUGUUCUCGCCUUCGAGUCUGAGGCCGGGUUUUGGACGUUUUCUCCACUCCAAGUCCAGCCUUCACUCUGAAGAAGCUGCUUCGCUGAAGCCGGCUGCUCCGAUCGUAUAUCCGAACACAUCACCAGUCCCCCGCCCUUUCCCUGUUCCCUCCAAAUCCGACACGAUCUCAGAGUCAAGUCCGCGAUCUUCUUUCCAGUCCGGUCUCGAGACAAGCUCAUCUUCCACUGCAUCAGAGUCCGAUUCUGAUGAUGUCUCAUAUGAUUCUUCAGCUAGUCCCUCGACACCCCCUCCCUCUCCUGUGAGCGUCGUAAGCCGCCGUCACACAAAUCUCCGGGGCCAACUUCAAGUCUCCUCCUGCACGGCUCAGAACGGACGUCGCUAUUAUGAAAGUCAGAGAUGGUGGGAAACUACCGACCGACCGUGCCUCCACUAUGUGUGCCGCUCCAGCCAGAAACUCCUGCUGGAGAAUGUCACGUGUCCAGCCAUUCCGGACGGCUGCUCCGCCAAGACGGUCUUCGGAAGAUGCUGUCCAGAACCGACCAAUUGCGUGUCCACCACACCACCUCCAGUGGUGCCUCAGACCUGCACCAGCACCAGCGGUCAGAUCUAUCUCUCCGGUCAGAGUUGGAGCGAGACAGACGAAAGACCGUGCCUCCGGUACACCUGUGUGGCCGGCGAGAGCCGGCUGGUGCAGAAUAUCACCUGCGACCCGCUGAGCCCGCUCUGUCUCGGCCGGAUCCCGCUGUUCGGACGCUGCUGCGACAAACCGACCCGCUGCGGCUGUGUGGAGCGGACUGCAGACGGCACCGCCCAGGUUCGACAGCACGACGAGGUGUGGACCUCUGACGCUGAUCCGUGUGUGACAAAGCGCUGUGACGAGGGACGUGUCACGGAACAGCGCCGCUCACCGCAGCCCCAGCCGUGCCCGGCGGCUCCGGCCGCCGGCUGCGAGCAGAUUCCGCCACCGCCAGGGGUCUGCGCCUGUCCCACCUACCAGUGUGUGUCCACAACUGAAGCUACCACAGAACCUCCAACAGCGGCUCCCAGUGUCCGACCGACCCCGGAACCCUCCACCGAGCCGGUCACCGUGACCAACGAGCCGCCAACUGCAACUACAAAGCGCCCAGAUGGCUCGUGCGAGUUUGAGGGCACGAUCUACAAGAACCAAAGUAACUGGCAGGACGAAUGUGCGAGCCAUGUGUGCCUCGACGGCAAGGUGGUAUCAGGGUUCGUCCAAUGCCCAGGACCCAUAGGCCCCAGUUGCGCACCGAUCUACCAGCCCGGGAGCUGCUGUGUUCGCUGGUCCUGCCAGGGUAUAUACAUCGACCACUGUACCGCUAAGUCAUCGUAUUCGUUCGUCUCUGAGCAACACUUGUGCUACCGUCCCGGCCUGCACGAGGGUCUCUGCUCCGCCACACGACCACCGGUACCCGGCCACUGCUGUCCCGUCUACGAGUGCUUGAAAAACUGUGCGGACCAGAGCGGCCAGCCCCACCAGCACGGUACCUCCUGGGAGGAGAACUGCUCCAUCUACAGCUGUGACAACGGCACCGCCACUAGCUCUCCCAAGGAGUGUCCACCACCGGGAGACAGUCAGUGCCGACGGACCAACCCCGGCGAGUGCUGUCCGAUCUACGACUGCGGCUGCAUCGAUGAUGACGGUACACGUCACGAACACGGCUCGCACUGGACUUCCAACUGUCAGGAGCUUGACUGUAAGCACGGCAUCGCAAACAGUCGGCCGGUAACCUGUCCGGACGCUCCGCGACCUGACUGUACUCCGCUACCAAUCACGGUCGGCCGCUGUUGCCCCGAGUUCAACUGUAGCUGCGAUGCGGUUACGUGCCCGUCGUAUCCGACGGCGUCUGGUUGUCAGCAGAGCGGUACCAGUGCAGACGGAUGCUGCACGCUCUACACCUGCGAGGGAGACUGCAGGGACGACCUGAACAGGGUGCACACCGAUGGCUCGAGCUGGUUCGUCGGCUGUGCCCAGUACCGGUGUUCCGCCGGCAACAUUGAGCCUGUGACAGAACCAUGCCCUCCGGCGCCCCACGAGAACUGUACAGCCAUCUAUCUAAAAGGAGACAGCGACGCAGACGGUAACGUCUGCUGCCCGAUCUAUGACUGUGCCAUCCCGGAAUGUGUACUCGGAGAGCGCUCCUUUGAUGGGUGCAACCACUGCCAGUGUCUCCACCCCGGCAAACUGAUCUGCACCGAAAAUAUCUGCACAGAGAAGGGGUGUUCCAUCGAUACUCUAACGAACGGCGUGGAGACAAAGGAACACGGGGCUACGUGGAGUUCUAAGGAAAACCCGUGUUAUGAAUACACGUGUCAGUACGGAGUCAUACGCAACAAAGUGAAGCAGUGCCCACCGAAGCCAGGUGCCCACUGCACUGAGAAGCCCAUCACCGGCAUAUGCUGCCCAGACUGGGAGUGUCCCAACAGUGCGUGCCCGGAGGGUGAGCUCACUUCACCACGCUCCUGGCAAGACGACUGCAACAUUUGCACGUGCACUGAUUCGGGUGUGCUGUGCACAGACUUUGACUGUCACAAAAAAUGUGAGAAGGACGGUGAUCUGUACCCCACCCAAGAGGAGAUCCCGGCGACCAACCAGUGUGAGGAAAGAAUCUGCAUUGAUGGGGUGGCCGUAUCCGUAUACGAGUCCUGCAACCUGCCCCCGGCGAACGCCACCUGCAGCGCGGCAGAGGCAUUCAGCGGCGACUGCUGCCCCUCCUGGUUUUGCACCGGUCUGGAGGGCAUACCGUCUCCCUGCCAGCCAGGCCAACUGUACCAGGGUGACCAGGAGUGCAUGUUCUGCGAGUGCGUCGACGCCCAGGGGGCUGAACCGGCGCAGAUGGUUUGCUCCAAACGGGACUGCGUGCGUGCCGGCUGUGACGACGAUGGCACGUACCACGAGCACGGAAGCGUGUGGAUCUCGGCAGACCCGUGCAAGCAGUACGCCUGUGUCAGCGGCAGAACCAUUACGAUGGAGGUGAAGUGUCCAUCGACACCACCGGGCUGUAUGCCAGUGCCUAACACCGGAAGGUGUUGUCCCCUGCUGUACUGCGGAGAGCCAUGUGAUUACGGACCGGAGCCGCGAGCCCACGGGUGCAACUCGUGCGUAUGCCGCGACGGAAUCGAGUACUGCACCACCGACCAGUGUGAUGACUGAUGGUACCAGCGUCGGGGGCAUUGGUGGUAACGGUACGCAGUGGAUCGGUGUGAGAAAAAUAAACUUAUGAAACUGAAUGAAUGAAAUAAAUCGUGUGGUAGACGAAUAGAGGUAGAUUAAAAAGUGUAUUUUUGCAAUAAGUUUCCACAUGUCAAUUUCAUUAUAUUAUUUCCGGAACAAAAUCAGAAAAGAUAUGUAAAAGUCAAAUUGACCUUAUAUUUUCAUAUCCCUUAAAGUAUUCCGACAUAAUGGUUUUAAAAUAAUGCAACUUCGCAGGUUUUGCCUUAUUUAUAACAGUUUUUCUCUCCUGUUUCAUGAUAUCUUGACACAGACGAGUCUGGAAUCGCAGCAUAGAAGGUUGUCCUCUAGAACGAUGAAUGGUAGCUCUGACCUUAGGUAGCUUUCGCUAAGCGUCAGUCAGCGUCAUAUACUUUUAAAUGGUGAUAAUGUAUCAACUAUCAUGCUCGCGAAUAUGUGGUGACGUAUGGGUCGUCACAAUCAACCUAAGAGCUGUUGCGGAUUUUCGCGAUGCUGGUAAUGGAUGAUGUGAAAAGUAGCCAGCUUCUUGUGUUGUGCUCCUGGCUGCAGGCUCAUUCCAAUCGUCAUCAGACUUAUUUGUAAAUAUUGUGCGCCUGCCUUGUUUGAAGAAAAACGCAGUGGGAGCUUGACAAGUGUUCAGUUUAGAGUUCUGGGAGCGAGAUAAUUAUUUGACGUCUCCGAACUUAAAGCUGCCUACAUUAGCGAUAUUCGACAUGUUGUGUGGCAUGUGCAUGGUGUAGUGUGUAGCCAAGCUACUAUUUUAGACGCUAUUUCGGUCCUAAUGAGACAGUUAUGGGAGAUGUUGUAUUGUGACCGUGGCACCUAUCUGUUAUGUUCAGCUUAAACGUAUAAUACAAUGAAGUUGUUGUAA